AUGGUAAAAGGUUCCCUUGUGUUGGUUGUGGUUUUACUUUCUAUUAUCAGUAAGAGUGGUGUGAUUUUGGGUGAUGGAGUUAAGGGGGAGAAGGAUGAAAAGAAUUUACUUGGAAAGCCUAAACUUGGAUUUGGGGGAGGGUUGGGUCAUGGGAUAUAUAAGAAGGGGUUUAAGCAUUAUGGAAAAGGUGGUGGUGGGGGUCUAGGAGGUGGUAUUGGAGGUGGCAUCGGUGGUGGAGGUGGUUUUGGUGGAGGUGGUGGAAUAGGUGGUGGUGGGCUUCGCCACCAUGGAGGGUUAAAAGGUGGUAUUGAUAAAGGAAUUGGUGGUGGUGGCGGGCUAGGUCACCAUAAAGGUUUAGGGGGUGGUUUUGGAGGCGGAAUUGGUGGGGGUCUAGGUCACCAUAAAGGUCUAGGAGGUGGCGUUGGAGGCGGAAUUGGCGGUGGUCUAGGUCACCGUAAAGGUCUAGGAGGAGGAGGAGGACUUGGUGGAGGAGUUGGAGGAGGAGGACUUGGUGGCGGAGCUGGAGGAGGGGGAGGGCUUGGGGGAGGCGGUGGACUUGGUGGAGGGGCAGGUGGUGGUUUUGGAAGUGGUGGUGGACUUGGUGGCGGAGGUCUAGGAGGAGGCGGUGGAGGAGGUUUGGGUGGUGACAGUGGUUUUGGGGGUGGUUCAGGUGGUGGUAUAGGUAGUGGUGGGGGCCUUGGUGGUGGUGGAGGCGGCGGUCUUGGAGGUGGCAGCGGCACCGGUGGAGGUUUUGGAGCAGGUGGAGGCUUUGGAAGUGGUGGUGGCCUUGGAGGCGGAGGAGGAGGAGGUGGUGGUGGUGGUGGUGGUGGCGGCGGUGGGGGGUUUUGGAGGUAA